GAGCUGCGAUGGAGCGCCCCAACAUCUCAUCGCUUCUUAAAACCAGCGCGGUGUUGCUCGUCAGCCUAAUCGCAGGCUUGCUUCUGACGGGCCGUCACUUCGCAGACUUUGUCCCGGUAGACGGAGCAGCCCUCUCCCGACCCGCUCUGUGCGUCCUGUCCGCUCUGCUUCUGUUUGCCUUGGUUUGGCUCUACAGACUGUUCUGUGUCCCGAUGGAGCUGCUCCGGGGCGCUGAUGACGCCGGCUACAUCACCCAAACGGGUCGGACCCGAGCCCAAGUUGCCAAUGAGGUGCGGCGGCGGAGGAAGACCGGGGACCUGCCGCCUGUGUAUCCGAACGGCUGGUACCGAGUGCUGGACUCGCACAUGCUGGCCCGCGGCGAGGUGAAGAACGUCACGAUGCUGGGGGAGCAGGUGGCAGUGUUCCGUGGCGAGGACGGACAGGCUCACGUGGUCGACGCCUACUGCCCUCACCUGGGGGCCAACCUGGCGGUGGGGGGGCGUGUGGUGGGGGGGUGCAUCGAGUGCCCCUUCCACGGCUGGCAGUUCCGCGGGGAGGAUGGCAAGUGCGUGCGCAUCCCCUACGCUGAGAGAGUGCCGGAGUUUGCACAGAUCAAGCCGUGGCCGAGCUGUGAGCUCAACGGGAUGGUGUUGGUGUGGUACCACUGCGAUGGCAUGGACCCCACGUGGCAGAUCCCAGAGCAGGAGGAGAUCACUCUGAAAAAGUGGAUCUACCGAGGGAGGACCGAACACUUCAUCAACUCUCACAUCCAGGAGAUCCCGGAGAACGCUGCAGACAUUGCACACCUGUCUCACCUGCACACUCCGAGCAUCCUGAGCGGAGUCGACCUGCGAUACACCAACAGCAAGGUCUGGGACUUCGUCCGCCACCAUUGGGAGGUGGCGUGGAGUCCAGAGCCGGAGCCCCACAAGCACUGCUCUCGGAUGCUGGUGAAACACGGGCUCACCAUCUUCAGGAGGCGCUUCCCUCUGCUGGACAUGGACGUCGUCGCCAGACAGGUUGGCCCAGGCGUGGUGUUCAUGACCUUUGACCUUUCCUUCCUGGGUCGCGGGCUUAUCGUGCAAUGUGUGACCCCCGUGGAGCCCCUGCUACAGUGUGUGUCUCACAGCAUCUUCUACCAGGCAAACGUCCCUGCCAUCGUGCCCAAGUUCAUCCUGCGAGCAGAGUGCAUACAGUUCGAGCGGGAUCUGAUGAUCUGGAACUAUAAGAAGUACGUGUCCAAGCCGCUGCUGGUGAAGGAGGACUCUGCCAUUCAGAGACACCGCCGCUGGUUCAGUCAGUUCUACAGUGAGAACAGCCCUCGCCUGAGCUUCCAGCAGGACCAGCUCGACUGGUGAGGCCCCGGCAUGCCAGAGAGAGGCACACGCACUGGAACAUGCUGAGGCAUUGCUGGGAGUGUGGGCGCUGUAAGCGAGGGCGCAGUGAAAGGGUUAGGGGUGAAGCAGCGGCUUCUCCGGGUACCGCCUGCAUUCGUCUCCAAUGUUCCUCCACUGCUGCUCUUUUUGCCACUGUGAUUGUGCAUUAGGGAUGUUGCAUUGUGUUAUGGUGAGGAUUAUUUUGGUGUGCGAGUCUGUAUAUAUUAACAAUAAUCCAAUGAGGUUAAUACAGUCGACAUAGUUUGUCUGAAAUCAUCUGGACAAUGUUGUUUUAAAAAAAAUGUUUUCAGAAUAUUUUUGUAACUAUAAGUUGUUAAAAAUAAUGUUGUAUUUUAAAAUACAGACUCUAAAAUAAAUAUAACUACAAUUAUUU